AUGACUUUCUCAACAGACAGGUCUAAUACAAUCGGCUUCAUCGGCCUCGGCGCCAUGGGCAAUCAUAUGCUCAACAACCUUAUCUCGAGUUGCUCAUCACCUUACGAUGUAGCACAGAAAGCUUCCACCAUCAUCAGUAUGGUUCCUACCGGAAAGCACGUCCAGGAGGUCUACGUUGGAGAAGGGAAUAGUGUCCUGAGCGCUCUCAAGUCAAUGAGUCAAGAUCAGCGCGCCAAAACUCUCUGA